UACAGAUGAUAUUAUCCGGCUGAAUAAGAAGCAGAAACAAUUCCAGGCCCAGACGUCAAAGCGCAGACUCCCGGUGAAAGGCCGCUUCACUCAGGGGAAGAAAACUGGGCCAAGAGCUGGAGUGCCAUCUAAAAGAGGAGGUGUUGUGAACAAACGCUUCUCUGGAAACCGCAAGCUUCCUCCCACGGUGGCCAGGCAUCGUGGGCAGGGGGUCAUCACUGGUUUAGCUGCGAGAAAAAAUGCCGUCCUGUUUAAAGGGAUCAGUCCGCUCAACCGCCCCGUCCAGAACAGACCUGCUCAGAACCGACCGAUGCCCAACAGUGCUGCUGUCAACCAGAGAUCUCAGCCGUUUGUCCAGCGGCGACAGAUGCAGAUCCAGAGGAGACCAAACAGACAGAUGGACUCUCAGAAACCUCAGGGCUCAGUUUCUUACAGACCUUUUCACCUUCACAGAAAAUGGAAUGCUCCGACUGCUCAGCAAACACAGAGAGAAGCACGACAGGCCACCUUCCUCUUCAGAAGAGGACUCAAGGUUCAUGCACAAGUUCAGAAGACAAGCUCUGCUCAGCCCACACAGAGAACUCGCUUGUGGCGCACUCCUACAAACAACAGUGGCAUCCUCACUGUGUCAAUAGACAACCCCACAGCUAGAACACAGCCUGAGCCGGCUCAGUCCUGGUCCCUGCACCCCGUGACUCCGGCACGCUCCUCACCUCCUCGAGAGGAGCCGGAGAGGAAACCUCCUAAAGGUGUCGCCCUGCAGUUUGAUAUCAACAGUGUUGGGAAACAGACUGAAAUGACCCUCAGCGAGCGGUUCCGCCUCCUGAAGGACCAGCGUGUGGCGGCAGCACAGCAGAGCAGCAAAGGAGGCCGCUUCGUCACUGUGGCCUAGAGCUGAACUCUCUGUUCCUGUGUGAUCAACAACAAUCCUACAGGACAGAACAGGCAAACAGCUGAACUAACGCUGUUCAUGACUCAAAGUGAUUAGCCCUAACAGAGGAGACUUCAUCAGAAUGUGGAUAUGCCGGUUCUCUGGAGAAGGAGACGUUGGGGAAGUGACUGAUUUUUUUUGUCCUUUAGUUUAUUUUUCUAAAAAGCUGCCAUGCUGUCCUCACAAAGCAAGUAUUAACUGUCGUCCCUGAGUUUCAGUUACGUUGUUGUCUCCUGAGCUGCCCUUGGUAUGUGAUGGCAUCCUGUUGUUUUUUAUAUGUAUGCAUAAAGAAGUUGCAGCUCUGUGACUUGAAACAUUUCUGGAUAGACUUGGGUUUUCACAAAGCAGAUGUAUGAAACAGAACAUUCUUUUUGUAGAGCAAAAAAGACUGUUUUAAGAUG